CCCCGGGGUAGGUUACUCAUCUGAGGCUCGGGUAAGAGGGCCCGGGCUGGAAGGCGGCACACCCAGGGGGGACGCCGAGAGAGCAGGACGCAGCCAUGGAUGCUGCCAGGAGAGGAGAUGUGCAGCCGGUGGUCUGGACCACCGGAUGGCUGCUGCUGCUGCCGCUACUGCUGUGUGAAGGAGCGCAGGCGCUGGAGUGCUACAGCUGCGUGCAGAAGGCGGAUGACGGAUGCUCUCCCCACAAGAUGAAGACGGUCAAGUGUGGUCCCGGAGCGGACGUCUGCACCGAGGCGGUGGGGGCGGUGGAGACCAUCCACGGGCAAUUCUCCCUGGCCGUGCGGGGCUGUGGUUCCGGACUCCAGGGCAAGAACGACCGAGGACUGGACCUGCACGGGCUCCUGGCCUUCGUCCAGCUGCAGCAGUGCACCGAGGACCGAUGCAACAACAAGCUCAACCUCACCUUGCGAGGCCUCAACCCUGCAGGCAACGAGAGUGCCUACGAGCCCAACGGCGCAAAGUGCUUCAGCUGCCUGGGCGAGAGCCGCGAGCAGUGCCAGGGCACCGCGCCCCAGGUUGUCAACUGCUACAACGCCAGCGGCCGCGUGUACAAGGGCUGCUUCGACGGCAACGUCACCUUGACGGCAGCCAAUGUGACCGUGUCCUUACCCGUCCGGGGCUGCGUUCAGGAUGAGUCCUGCACCCGUGAUGGGGUGACAGGUCCAGGGUUCACACUCAGCGGCUCCUGCUGCCAGGGGCCCCGCUGCAACUCCGACCUCCGCAACAAGACUUAUUUCUCCCCGCGAAUCCCACCCCUAGUCCUGCUGCCCCCUCCGACCACCCUGGCCCCAUCCACUGGCGCCCGGACCUCCUCCAGCACAACCUCCGCGGGCGCUCCCUCCGCCACUGUCACGGCCACCUCCUCUGCCACCUCCUCUGCCACCAAGGCCACCUCCGCCCCAGCCAGCCACACGUCUCCCCGUGAAGUGGAGCACGAAGCUGCCCUGGAAGAGGAGUCGCGUUUGACUGGCGGCGCUGCGGGUCACCAAGACCGCAGCAACGUGGGGAAGAACCCCCCGAAGGGUGGGGCUCAGAUCCCGGCUAACGAAGGCUCUGUGGCUCUGGGGUCUGGGUUGCCAGCUCUUCUGUUGACUGUGGCUGCCCGUGCGCUGCUGUGAGCGUUUCACCUCGAAAUGUCCAGCUCGCCAAUGCUUCCCUGGGCCUGGGGUACCGACGCUUUUCGUUUCUCACUGGACUGGACUGCCUCAGCCCCCGUCCUCCGGUUCCAGGAAACAGCCUACUAAUGUUGUAAAUACACUGCUGGGGUGGCCCAGCUUUUUGAUGCAGCAACUGCAUCCCCCCCCCCAUGGUGACUAGGAUAGGGGGAGGCGAAAUCUACUGGCUGAGGGUGGCCCGGAUUGUCCCUGGCUGUCUUCCUCUUCCCGUGUUCACAGCUAGGCCGGAAGGUUGCCAGGCAGCUGGACGGUGGAUUCUUCCCCUGAAUGCUGUACUUGCCUGCAGCCCUUGCACGGAUCCCGUUCCUGCCUCCCGGAGGAGACUGUGAACUACUACUCUAGGGCAGGGACUUGCCUCGGGCCUUUCUCUGUGUUCGGGCUGGCACAGGAAGGCAUCAAUAAAGAUUUAGUUACUUUGUA